AUGACCUCCUUCCUUUCGUCAAAACCGCUGCAUCUGAGAAAGAGUCAGGAGAACGCGGGCCCCGUACCAAAGGGUCAGGCGCAUGCUGUACCCCUUCCAAACUCCAAGAGGCCUGGCCGGACAGCAGUCUAUCGCAACUGGAGAUUUCAGGAUGCCUUGGUAGACACUUUGGACCCCGAGGUACGGACGGUGCAUGAGAUAUUUGAACAGACCGCGAAGCGAUUACCGCAUCAGCCAUAUCUGGGCCAUCGACCAUGGAAUUCCAGCAAGCAAGCCUGGGGCCCGUACCAAUACCUUGACUAUGAGACCGUCCAGCAACGACGAGCUGCAUUCGGUGCUGGUCUCGUGGAGUUACAUGCCAGACAAGGCAUCACUGGCCCGUUUGGCGUAGGACUGUGGUGCCCGAAUCGACCUGAGUGGCAAAUCACCGACCUAGGCUGCAUGAGCCAGUCCCUCUACAGUGUUUCUCUCUACGAGACUCUUGGCCCGGAGACCACCGAAUUCAUCAUCAACCAUGCCUCGCUGCCCUGCGUCGUCACCUCCCUCACACACUUCAUUAUCACCGUCGAGUCCCUUGAGCCGGCAGAGAAUGAAACACAAGAGACGUCAAAGAAAGCACUGCUUUCAUCUCUCGCCAGCGAGGCCGGUCUCCAGAUCCUUUCCAUGUCAGAAGUCGAGGCCGUUGGCAGCAAGUCUGGAAGACCAUGCAAUCCGCCUCAACCAAACGACAUCCUCACGAUCAACUACACCAGCGGCACUACUGGUAUGCCAAAGGGAGUUGUACUUGAGCAUCGAAACGGUGUCGCGGCAGCGUCAGCCUCUCUAUGUGGUACCAGCAUCACAGAGACAGACAUCUUCGCGUCCUACCUUCCCGCAGCCCAUAUCUAUGAGCGAAUGAUGGAGCAAUUGGCUACGUGGGCCGGUUCAAGGAUUGCCUACUUUCAUGGUAAUGUGCUGGAACUUGUUGAUGAUCUGAAAAUUAUGAAACCGACAAUAUUCCCAUGCGUACCACGACUCUGGAACCGCUUCGGUGGAGUAAUCAAAAGCAAUACCGUAGAACAGCCUGGCAUCAAGGGUGCCCUCAGUCGACAAGUAGUUUCCACGAAACUCGCAAACAUCCGCAGAAAGGACAAUCCGACAUCUAAGCAUAUGCUAUAUGAUCGAAUAUGGAGCAAAAAGGUUGCCUCUGCUCUCGGUCUCCAGAACACACGGAUGCUGGCCAGCGGUUCAGCACCUUUGGAUCCAGGUCUGCAGCAGUUCCUGCAGAUCAUCGUGCCUGGUCGACUAUUGCAGGGCUAUGGCUUGACAGAAUCCUUCGCCGCCUCGAUCACCCAAUUGGAUGGCGACCUUUCCGUCAACAAUGUCGGAGCGCCAGUAUGUGCUAUCGAGAUCUGCCUCUUAAGCGUACCAGACAUGGAAUACACCGUCGAUGACAAGCCAUACCCACGCGGCGAACUCCUACUACGCGGUCCCGCCGUGUUCAGGGAGUACUACAAGAACCCGGAAGAGACUGCCAAAUCUUUCACCGAGGACGGCUGGUUCAAGACCGGUGACAUUGCCCAAAUCGACGAGUUGGGCCGCACGGCCAUCAUCGAUCGCCGGAAAAACGUUCUCAAACUAGCCCAGGGCGAAUACGUGUCCCCCGAAAAGAUCGAGGGCGUCUAUCUCAGCCAAUGCAACUACCUCGCUUCUGCCUUUGUGCACGGCGACAGCCUGCAGUCUUCUCUGGUGGGCAUCUUUGGUGUUUCGCCCGAUUUCUUCGCGCCAUUCGCUUCCAAGAUCAUCGGCACUCCGAUUUCUCCCACUGACAUUGCGGCCGUCAAGUCGGCGUGCCAAAAUGAGAAGGUCAAGGCGGCAGUGCUGCGGGACUUUGAGCGCGCGGCCAAGAAGAAGUUGAGCGGAUUCGAGAAGGUGAAGGUGCUGAGUCUGAUGGUGGAUCCGUUCACGGUCGAUAAUGAGUGUUUGACGCCGACGCUGAAGUUGAAGCGACCUUUCGCGGCGAAGAAGUUCAGGACAGAGUUGGAUGAGCUGUAUAAGAUUGGGCUGGAGAAGGAGAGCCGGCCGAAGGCGAAAUUGUAG